CUGGCUGCCACGGGCUGAGCCACCAGCUGUGCUAUAUAAGACGGCAGGACUGCUGGAGAGGUGAAGAAGUCUUGGACCCCCAGCUAAGAGUCUUGUUCAGGACACGAAAGGAGACAUCUUCUUCCCUUUUCUCUGCACCGGACUUAGUGAUUAAAGAUCAUUGGCUCUAUGAAACAUCCCCGGGGAACCACAGGUCCAACUUUGUGAAGCAGUGUCACCUAUCUGUGACAUUUCUACGGGGCCUGAGGGAGAGAUGGCAGCAAUCAAGACCUGGCUACUCUGGUUCCUGGUUCUUGAGGUCACCACUGUGCUGGGGAGACAGACGGUGCUUACCCAGUCAGUGAGAAGAGUCCAGCCUGUGAAGAGGACCCCUAAGACCCUUGCCAAGCCUUCUGACACCCAGGAGAGUCCUGGAGAGUGGACAACUUGGUUUAACAUCGACCACCCAGGUGGUCAGGGUGACUAUGAACGACUGGAUGCCAUUCGCUUCUACUAUGGAGAGCGUGUGUGUGCCCGUCCCCUGCGGCUAGAGGCCCGGACCACUGACUGGAUGCCCGCGGGCAGCACUGGCCAGGUGGUUCAUGGCAGUCCCCGUGAGGGCUUCUGGUGCCUCAACAGGGAGCAGAGACCAGGCCAGAACUGUUCCAAUUAUACAGUGCGCUUCCUCUGCCCACCAGGGUCCUUGCGACGAGAUACAGAGCAUAUCUGGAGUUCCUGGUCUCCCUGGAGCAAGUGCUCAGCUGCUUGUGGUCACACUGGGGUCCAGACCCGUACCCGCACCUGCUUGGCACAGACAGUGUCGCUCUGCAGUGAGGCCACGGAGGAGGGCCAGCUCUGCAUGAGCCAGGCCUGCACAACAGCUUGUGACCUGACCUGCCCCAUGGGCCAGGUAAAUGCUGACUGUGAUGCCUGCAUGUGCCAGGACUUCAUGCUUCACGGGGCCAUCUCCCUCCCCGGAGGUGGCCCAGCUCCAGGAGCCACUGUCUACCUGCUGGCCAAGGCACCAAAGAUGCUGACCCAAACAGACAGCAGCGGAAGGUUCCGAGUUCCUGGCUUGUGUCCUGAUGGCAAAACCAUCCUGAAAAUCACCAAGACCAAGUUUGCUCCAAUUAUGAUCACAAUGCCCAAGACUAGCCUGAAGUCAGCCACCAUCAAUGCAGAGUUUGUGAGGGCAGAGACUCCAUACAUUGUAAUGAACCCUGAGAUAAAAGCACGUCGGGCUGGGCAGAGCGUGUCUCUGUGCUGCAAGGCCACAGGGAAACCCAGUCCGGACAAGUACUUUUGGUACCACAACAACACACUGCUGGACCCCUCCCUCUACAAGCAUGAGACCAAGCUGGUGCUGAGGAACCUGCAGCAGGACCAAGCAGGGGAGUACUUCUGUAAGGCACAGAGCGAUGCCGGGGCUGUGAAGUCCAAGGUCACCCAGCUCACUGUCAUUGCACAUGAUGAGACUCCUUGCAACCCAGCCCCAGAGAGCUACCUUAUCCGGCUGCCCCAUGAUUGCUUCCAGAACGACACCAACUCCUUCUACUACGAUGUAGGCCGCUGCCCGAUCAAGACCUGUGCAGGUCAGCAGGACAAUGGGAUCCGGUGCCGAGAUGCUGUGGAGAACUGCUGUGGCAUCUCCAGAACAGAGGAGAGGGAGAUCCAGUGCAGUGGGUACACACUGCCCACCAAGGUGGCCGUGGAGUGCAGCUGCCAACGUUGCACAGAGACACGGAGCAUCAUCCGGGGCCGGGUCACUGCUGCUGACAACGGGGAGCCCAUGCGCUUUGGCCAUGUGUACAUGGGGAAUAACCGUGUGAGCAUGACUGGCUACAAAGGCACGUUCACCCUCCACAUCCCCCAGGACACAGAGAGGCUGGUGCUCACAUUUGUAGACAGGCUGCAGAAAUUUGUCAACACUACCAAAGUGCUGCCCUUCAACAAGAAGGGGAGUGCAGUGUUCCACGAGAUCAAGAUGCUUCGGCAGAAAGAGCCCAUCACGUUGGAAGCCAUGGAAACCAACAUUAUCCCCCUGGGAGAGGUGACUGGUGAAGAUCCUGUGGCUGAACUGGAGAUUCCAUCCAAAAGUUUCUAUAGGCAGAAUGGAGAGCCCUUCACCGGUAAAGUAAAGGCCAGCGUCACCUUCCUGGAUCCUCGGAACAUGUCUACAGCCACAGCUGCCCAAAGUGACCUGAACUUCAUCAGCGAUGAAGGAGACACCUUACCCCUUAGAACAUACGGCAUGUUUUCAGUGGACUUUAGAGAUGAGGCCACUUCUGAGUCACUUAAUGCUGGCAAGGUGAAGGUCCACCUUGACUCCACCCAGGUCAAAAUGCCGGAGCACGUGCCGGCCAUGAAACUCUGGUCGCUCAACCCGGACACAGGACUGUGGGAAGAGGAAGGCGAUUUCAGAUUUGAAAGCCAAAGGAGAAACAAGAGGGAAGAGAGAACCUUCCUAGUGGGCAAUAUGGAGAUCCGCGAGAGAAGGCUCUUUAACCUGGACGUCCCUGAAAGCCGAAGGUGCUUUAUCAAGGUGAGGACUUACCGGAGUGAGCGCUUCCUGCCCAGUGAGCAAAUCCAGGGGGUUGUAGUCUCGGUGAUCAAUCUGGAGCCCAGAUCUGGCUUCUCAUCUAACCCCAGGGCCUGGGGCCGAUUUGACAGUGUUAUCACUGGGCCCAAUGGGGCCUGCCUGCCUGCCUUCUGUGACGACCAGUCCCCUGAUGCCUACUCUGUCUACGUCUUGGCAAGCCUUUCUGGAGAAGAACUGGAGGCAGUUGAGUCUUCUCCUAAAUUCAACCCAAAUGCAAUUGGUGUCCCUCAGCCUUACCUUAACAAACUUAAAUACCGUCGGACAGACCAUGAGGAUCCACGGGUUAAAAAGACGGCUUUCCAGAUCAGUAUGGCCAAGCCAAGGCCCAACUCAGCUGAGGAGAGCAAUGGGCCCAUCUAUGCCUUUGAGAACCUUCGGGCAUGUGAGGAGGCACCGCCCAGUGCCGCUCACUUCCGGUUCUAUCAGAUUGAGGGCGAUCGCUAUGACUAUAACACAGUUCCUUUCAAUGAAGAUGACCCUAUGAGCUGGACUGAAGACUACCUGGCAUGGUGGCCCAAGCCAAUGGAGUUCAGGGCCUGCUACAUCAAGGUAAAGAUUGUGGGGCCACUUGAGGUGAAUGUCCGUUCCCGUAACAUGGGAGGCACGCACCGGCAGACUGUGGGGAAGCUCUACGGGAUCCGGGAUGUGAAGAGCACGCGAGACAGAGACCAACCUAAUGUCUCAUCUGCCUGCCUGGAGUUCAAGUGCAGUGGAAUGCUGUAUGACCAAGACCGUGUAGACCGCACAUUAGUGAAGGUCAUCCCCCAGGGCAGCUGCCAUCGAGCUAGUGUUAACUCUAUGUUGCACGAGUAUCUGGUCAACCACCUUCCCCUGGCAGUCAACAAUGACACCAGCGAGUAUACCAUGCUGGCACCCCUGGACCCUCUAGGCCACAAUUAUGGUAUCUAUACUGUCACUGACCAGGACCCUCGUACAGCUAAGGAGAUUGCUCUUGGCCGGUGCUUUGACGGCACUUCUGAUGGCUCCUCCAGAAUCAUGAAGAGCAAUGUGGGAGUCGCCCUGACCUUUAACUGUGCAGAAAGGCAGGUAGGCCGACAGAGUGCCUUCCAGUACCUCCAAAGCACACCGGCCCGGUCCCCAGCUACAGGCACUGGCCAAGGAAGAGUACCCUCCAUGAGGCAACAACGGGCAAGCAGGGGUGGCCUACGCCGGCGUGGAAGCAUGGCCCCUCUGAGAUUUUCUGGUGUUGCUCAACAACCUCUGAGCAACUAAGUCUUGUGGUUCUUAGUCCUCUCUGUCCACCUCAUGUGACAGCUGUCCUGAGACUGAUGCACACACUGUCACUUGUUAAUUUAAACAUAUCUGGUUUGGUGCAGUUGUCUUCUUUGUGCCUUUACUUCCUGUCUCUGUCUUGUGAUACUGAUUGGCACAGGGCCCCCAAGAUGACAAAACAAAGAUCUUCCCU